GAAAAUAUGGUAACCGGAACUUGCACUGUUUCCGCUUCCUUUUUCAAUUUUUCCGUCGUUGUUGGUAACAAAAGACAAUGGCGGAAGCUAAUACACCUGCAGCAAAUCCACCCAAAAAACUUGGAAGGCUGUAUAGCAAAGCUGUCUUCACUGGGUACAAGAGGGGACUAAGAAACCAGCACGAGAACACAGCUCUGUUAAAAAUAGAUGGCGUGACCACAAAGGAAGAAACCACAUUCUACUUUGGCAAACGAUGUGCCUAUGUGUAUAAGGCCAAAAGGAAGACAGCUUGCCCUGGACAUGACAAAGCCAGUCGCAUUAGAGUCAUAUGGGGCAAAGUCACACGAUCACAUGGAAAUAGUGGAUGUGUUCGUGCAAAGUUCAGGAAAAACCUGCCUUCAACUGCUAUGGGGAAGAGAGUCCGAGUGAUGCUGUACCCAUCAAGGAUAUAAAAUGUGUAACAAAAAAAAUAAAUCUAAAAAAAAAAAAGUCCUGUAGUUAUUUUGUACAGAUGCUUCCAA